UGCUGAACGGCGCCCACCCGAGCCAGCACACAUCGUCUUCGUCAUCUUCGCCAACGUCAACAUCGAGAGAGAGAGAUCAAGAAACACCCACACCCACCACGCACACUUAUCAUCCGCAUCGCUCACACAAGCAAAGCAAGAACCUACAGCAACCACGAGCAAGCAAACAAGCAGGCAGGCAGGCAGGCAAACACCACAUCUUCUUGCUUUGCUUCACCACCAACAACAGAAACAACAACAGCAACAACAGCAACAAUUGAAGAAGAAGUCGCUGCAAUCCUUUCCAAGUUCAGUCAGUCAGCAUGUCGUUAAGGCGCACCAACACGAUUCGGGGCAGCUCCGAAUCGCUGUCGUUGAUCCCUGAAGGCAACUUCUGGGACACUGGCAACUACAAGCCCGUGCUGAAGCGCAUCUCCAAUGGCCCAAAGCUGUGCGAUGAGCUGGUGAAGAUGAUGCAGGAGCGAGCCAACCUGGAGAAGCACUUUGCCAAGGAGCUUUCCGCGUUUGCUGAACGCUGGGAAGACAAGCUGCAUUCUCGUGUUCCAGAGUACGGCACGUUGCAGGACGGCUGGCUCUCCGUCACUGCAGAGGCGCGAUCCCUCGCAGACAUUCACAUGGCCUGCAAGACUGCGAUUGACGAUGUGAUGAAGCCUCGCAUCGAGGCGUGGAAGAAGGAGCACUACAAGCGGUCCUUGCUGCACCUCAAGUCCUACAAGCGAGCGUCAGCGGCGUUUGAAAAGGCCCAGAGCCCCUGGGCAAAGCGGAAGGACAAAAUUGACAAGCACCGCAACAACGCAGCCAAGUACGCUGCGCAAGCAGAGCAGCUGCGGGCACACCCUGAUGCAGGUGUGUCGAGCAAGGUGAAGGAUUCCAUCAGCAAGGCCCUGUCCAACGAGAAGCAAAGCCAGGAGAAGCUGCGCCUGCGCGUCGAGGAGAUGAUUAGCUACACUGACAUCUACAGACGAGAGGUGCAAACGCGUGUGUGUAUCAUGUGCGUGCGUGCGUUCGGGUGCAUGCACCCGCUUGCCUGCAAACACGUGCAACAUUGUUUCUAUGGCCGUGAUGAUGUUAUCAUUCCACCGCCUCUCACCACCAAUCCCUUCGUGUGUGUGUGUGUGUGUGUGUGUGUGUGUGUGUGUGUGUGUGUGUUUUCGCGGGACUUUGGCACGGGGAUGCCGAUGCUGAUACCCGACAGCGACGGCACGUGGUAUCUGGAGGGAACAACGCCCCCGUCACAGGGCGGGCAGGGCUACCAGGCAUCACAACACCAGCAGCAGCAGCAGCAGGCGAAUCAUGAUCACCCGCAACAGGCAGCACAAGCACCGCAGCAGCAACAGCAACAGCAUAUGGGCAGUCACCUAUCCCAAGGCGUCACUGUGUCCACACCAGAUGACAUACGACAGAUGCCUGCAGGCACGGCAUUGAUUGCGCUGUACGACUACGACGGAAACCACGAUGACGAGCUCUCCUUCAAGGCAAAUGACAUUAUUACCCUCGACUCCGCAACAGAGUGCGAAGCCGGAUGGUUGAGAGGAACGCACACGACGUCAGGAAAGCUGGGCAUAUUCCCAGGGAAUUACGUGGCAGUAAGCAGCUGAGCCUGCUGCAUUCUUACGUUACACCAAGACCCAAACAGCACGUGACACAGUGGCUGCACGCGCCCACACACCUCAUCAUCACUCACUCAUGCCACCUUGACCUCUUUUUUUUUCUUCUUCUUUUUCUUGUUUAAUUCUACAUGCGCGUUCUGUCAUUGCAAGCGAUGUGUCGCUGAUUGUGCACCAACGCCCGCCCGCCCUGUCGCCCUAUCUUCUUUCGUUUCGUUUUUUUUUCUCUUCGCUCUCUCAACAUUCGCGCAGUCUGUCCUCUCUGCUCUGCUGAGGGUUUGCACUGCGGUUGUUGUUCUGCUGGUGCUGGCGCGGUGUUUCACCGAUUGAUGGCGACUGAGGUUGUGUCAUAAGGGGUUACAACAUCUUCGCAUGGCAGUUGUAUUUGUUUCCCACAGCCAUGUCAAAUCUACACUUUGCUCGCUUGUCGCGGCCACAUGCACCCCGUUGCCGUUGUUCCAAACGUGUCAUCACGCUGUUGUUGCACCAACAGCUCCCCCCCCCCACAUACUCUCUCUGCCUGGUUGCGUCUCUUUGGGGGCUGUUUCACCAUCUAUGUGACGUUUAUUGCACAAAGACAACACUUAAG